CAGGCUUUGGCCGACGAGCGUCGUCGAGUCAGUGCGACUCGUGAUUUCCGUGCGAGCGCCGGCCUCGCGUACGUCGAGACGGUGCCGUGUCUUCUCGGCCGGUCUCUUCCUUUAACGAGAGACACGCGAUCAAAAGGAAGAAAGAAAAUUUCUAUCCAAAUAUUCGUAAAAAAAAAAAAAAUAAAUAAAUAGGAAAGAAAAUCAAAACAAAUAAACGAACGAACAAAAAAAAUAUAUAUAUAUAUAUACAUAAAGGAAAAAAGAAAGAAAGAAAAGGAAAAGCAAUUAUCGAGAACAGCAAUUUUUUUCGUACGUCGUAUCGUGAGAUGAAUGGACCUAAAGAGGAUCAGGUGAUUCAGGUUCUAGGGAAAAUCUAUUGAUCUUGAUAAGAUUACAAAGGAUAGCUAGCUCUAAAUCGAUAAAGCUAAAGAAAACGGUUCAGUGAUCCUUUUCACGCAAAGGAAGAGAGAGAGAGAGAGAGAGAGAGAGAGAGAGAGAGAGAGAAGCGUCUGUGCUUUCAGAGAAUUUAGAUCUAUAGAAAGAUCGUGGGUGGAUGCUGGAAGCUCCUCUCGAUCGAUUCUCGACGAAGAGACGCGUGGGUGGUAGGAUCAUCGUGUUAAUUGUUAGUGAUCACAAAGGGGCCAGUGAUCGCGAUGUUAACUUUCAUCGUCUAUUAUUAAUAAAAACGAAAAGACUUUCGUUAGCUCAUUUGCGAGUGAGGUUAAGGAAAGGUAGACAAGUAGAUUGAGACAAGAGAAUUAAAAUAAAAAAAAAAGAAAAAAAGAAAAAAAAAUAAAGAUAAAAAAUGCCUCGAUCCUUGACGGGACUCCGUCGAAUUGUGUACAUUACGAGUUAACGCCUUGCGCGGUCUCCUCGUCGUUUUGAGACGACUUAAGGACUGUCUUUGGGAUGGUUACGUAAAUGGGCGCCAAGCCGAAAGGUGAUUUCUCGUGAAAGAGGAGAAAGAAGAUUACCGAAAAGCGAAUUGGCCAAAAAAGAAAAAAAAUUCCACUCUCGUGGGAGCGCGUCAAAAAUACUUUCGUAAGAGAUUUACGAAAGUGUUUGACGUUCAUUGAGAAGGAAUUAAAAAAAAAAAAAAAAAAAAAAAGAGAGAAAAAAAAGAAAAGAAAGGAAAAGAAAAGAAAAGGAAAAAAAACGAGUCUCAUAGGAUUAAAGGGAACACGGUAUAAAAUUCUAGUUAGCGAUGAGAAGACGAGAAAUCGGCAAACGAGUACGAUCGAACGCGAGGCGGUAAAUCGUCGUCGUUCGUUGCUCGUCAACGUCGUCAGUAGAUACGUAUACGAGACAAUCGCUAUUAUCAGGUGUUUCAGUCUCGGCUCAGAGUCAAGAGCGAUAACCUCGUGAGUGUUGGCGAAUCGAAGUAAACAUAGGAGAGAUCGAGAUUGCGAUCGAUUUAUCGAUCGAUCGAUCUAUCGAUUGGCUCGAUUCUUCCUCAAUGUCGAGUAAAGAUCUAUUCUCUUUAGGCGAGAAGUAAUAUCAAAGAAAAUUGACCGAGGCUAAGAGAGAAUCUUGAAGAGAAAGAGUUUCGAAGGGAAGUCUGGAAGCUAUUGAUCGGAAGGAAACGUCGUAUAUCUUGGCAGUAAUGCGCACAAAUUAUGCGUCUUGCGGCUCCGUCGAGCGACGGCCACUGAGAAGAAGCACGGAGUUACGCGUUUACACUUACGGAUAAUCCAUUGGUUCUUUCUUUCUCUCUCUCUCUCUCUCUCUCUCUCUCUCUCUCUCUCUCUCUCUCUCUUUUCCUCUCCCUCUUCCUUUUCCUCUCCCUCUUAUUUUCCUUUCUCUUUUUAUCCUCCUCACGCUGCUUUUCAAGAUCUUCUUAUUAUUCUUCGUCCUUUAGCUUUAUCCUCCAUCUUUUUGGUUGCACCAGCAGACUUUCGCUCGAUCCAAGAACCUCUUCUCUUCUCUUUUCUUCUCUUCUCUUCUCUUUUCUUCUCUUCUCUUCUCUUCUCUUCUCUUCGUUUCUUUCUCUUCUUCUCCUUCCUUUCUUCUUUCCCUCGGCCGUCCGUCCAAUCGAGCAAGACGUCGCUUCGAGCGCCGUUUAUUCGCGAAAUUCCACCUUCAACCCCAAGACGCCUCCGCGCCGAGUUCCUAUGACGCAUUCAAGUUCCUCCGCGAAGAUAUACCAUCGACGGCCACGGAUACUUCUUGGUCACUUCGUCUAUGCUCUUCGAUGAAGAAUAUAGUUCGUUACGAAACAAUUGAGUCGAAUAAAUUUAAUUGUGAUUAUGGUGCCUUCUUCCAAAGUCAAAUCAAGCAAAUCGUUAGUGUGAACUAUAUACGAAGGUUGAAUUUUCGCAAAAGUGUUCAAUAUUAAUAUCUCGCGAGAAACGUCAAAGAAAAGAAAAAGAAAAUUGGACGAGAGGAGGACGAGAAGAGGAAGAAUCCUUUCGGAAUAUAUUCACGGAGGGCUGAAGUGCACCUGCGACUCACGUCACGGAAUUUCCUCUUUCGUCCACCGUGAUCGGUGCGGUAGUCAUGUCACGGCCGAAUCGACCCGGCGGAUCACGAGAAAUCGACGUGGAGGAGCCCGGAGAAACGGAUUAUCGGCCGGCCAUCCUUGGAUUUCGAACCGAGUGAAAUCGCACGCGAGAGAUCGCCGUUCGAUAAUAACAAUCGAGGAUCGAUACGUGAAUUCGAUCCACAAGCUUGGAACCUACGGCCUCCCCGCUGGCCUGGCCAGCUACUAUGCGAAUUGAAGCUCUCAGCGCCCUCGUCGCGGUGGUUUGGCUGACCGCAGUCCUGUGCCCGCGGCUUGCUGCCGCCAACCUCACUUUAUCCUUUUCCUCUCGUAGAUCCAGAGAGCAUCCCUUCAGAGGACAUAUCUCUCGCUGGACGGUGCCAUUGGAAGACACGAACAAGCGAAUGACGUACCGUGAGAUGCAGAUGGUUCUGCGCCAGGAGGGAGGCGAAGAUGGCCUCGCAGUCGACUGUUGUCCUACGAUAGAGGAAAUGGUCGAGCCCGUUGGCGGCCGAAAUCGGCAAGAUAUGUACGUCGAGCUCUAUCGAGACGGCGAAAAUGCCCAGAGGUUCUUCGAGUACUCCUGCAGGCCAGACGUCCUCGAUAAGCCCUGCAGGUUCGUUGACCGGAAGCUUAGUAACCAGUCGAGAUGCGUGCAGAAAUUCUCAUACACCUACGCUAUCGUCGAGAAUCCUGGAACGAAGGGAGGCUCCGAAGAACAUAGGAGGCACCAUCACAGGGAACACAGAUUUCCAACGUUUCCUGGAAACACAGUGAGCGGGUCAACGUGGACGUUGGACUACAUCAGGGUAAGAAGCGGCUGCAGCUGCGAGAUCAUGCCGAAGCCGAAAAAGAAGAAACCCAUGGCGACAAAGGCGAGAAAAGCGAAGAGCAAAUUGCGCCAACAAAGAGAUCAAGACUCAGACUUUGAGACGUGAGACUCGUGUUUGGUCGAACUGCAAUAUGAAAGAUAAAAUGUUACCAGUGGUCGGUUCGCUGAUCGCAGACAAAAAAAAAGACGUUUUAACACGAGUAACGCCAUAUUUUCGAUGUUAUUCCGUUUAUAUAUAUAUAUAUAUAUGUAUAUAUAUAUAUAUACAUACAUACACACACAAACACACACAUACACACACACACAUAUAUAUAUAUAUAUAUAUAUAUAAAACAUCGUACAUCGUUUAAUAAUUUCGUAUUCGCUUAACCAUUGCAUAUUUAUUGAUAGUAAUUUACAUUGAAAUAUUGAAAAGGAAGUCGAUUCGUAUCUUUGUACUACCAUAAACGAAUGAUGAAUUAAACGUAAUAAUGUCGAAUGUGUUACAAUCGAAAUACGUUUCCUAACUCGAAAUACAUCGUCUACUUAAUUUAAUAUCUUAAUCGUAAGAACGAUUAUUCUAUUUCUUAUUUUUCUCUUUUUAUUUCUCUUUCUUUCUUUUUUCUUUUUUUUUCUUUCUUUUUUUUUUUUUUUUUCUUUUACUUACUCGACAAAUUUAUAUUAUGUAUUUUCUAUGUGCAUAUUAUAAAAUUGUAUCUAUUUUUAAUUAAGGAACUAUCUAUAAGAAAAAAAAUACGAUUAGUUAUAAGGUAUUUGUGUUUCAUAGAUCUGGGGCGCUUCCUGUUUUAAUUCUUCUGUUUUAUUUCAUCCUUCUUUUUUAUUUUUUUUUUAUUUUUUUAUUUUUUUUUUUUCGUUCAAUAAGAAGACUUUUUUCUCUUUCAAGAAGAGCCGAACGUAGUUUCUCUAGAACACACGCACUUAUUUAAUUCUUUACAAUUAUAAUAUUUAAUUAUAAUUAUUAGAUGUUCUUUCAUAAGGUGCUGUAUAGAGAAAUGAAAUGGUAUAGAAAGCGAGGUGUUGACUUUGCGAUAGCCAUGACAACUAUUAACAAAUCUGAUUACUUUAAGGACAUAAAUCAAAAGUUACUUUCGUUAGAUGUGAACUAAAGUAUUGUUUCUUUUUUUUUUUUUUUUUUUUUUGAGCAUAGGUAUAUGUAUUAGUCGAUUUUUAAAGAAAUGUAUCGUAUCGUUUAAAUGUAUAUGUAUGAAUGUAUGUAUAUGUAAUAAUUGAGAUCAAUCUAAUCUCAAUAUUUUAUAAUAUCCGGUCUAUAAUAGGUUCAUAUUGUCAUUUGAAAAUUAAAUAAAAUGUUUUUACUAUUCGAAAAUGAACGUGUAUGUGUAUGUA